GAAGGAGGAAAGGGGAGAAAGGUGAAUCUUUAAUUAGUUAACAAAAACAUUGAUAUGAGGAAGGAUGCGUCUGCAUGGCUGAGGCCAGAGCUGGGAUGUUUCCUGAAGCCCUGCUUGGGAGUGGUUGCCCUCUCUUCUCCCCUUUGUGAUCCAGUGUAGAGAGAGGGAGAGAGUCUUCAGCAUACUGGCUUCGUUGUUCUAGUGGCUCAGCUCAUCCCUUUUCAGCUGGUGAAGUCCGCUCUCUUGUCAGCAUGGAGAUUGUUGUGGCCAAAGUGCUUUGCCUGCUGGGAGUUUUUGUUCUCAUGCUGGCUGGUAUCCUCGUCCCAGUGCGGGUCAUGCAGGUGGACUAUGAGAAAGCCCAAAGAUACCGGAAGAUUCUAGCCCUCUCCAAUUCUUUUGGUGGGGGCGUCUUUCUUGCCACAUGCUUCAAUGCUCUUCUGCCUGCUGUAAGAGAUAAGGUGGAGGAUGUCCUGAAGCUAGUGAAGAUUCAGACAAACUACCCUCUGGCAGAGACUAUGAUGAUGCUGGGGUUUUUUCUGACAGUAUUUGUGGAGCAGGCAGUGCUGACUUUCCGCAAAGAGAAGCCAUCCUUUAUCGACCUGGAGACCUUCAAUGCAGGGGGCUCAGAAGCUGGGAGCGACUCUGAGUAUGACACUCCUUUCAUUGCACCCCCCCGGGGUUCGGCCGGAGGGCACCACCACUCCCAUCAUCAUGGGCACCUCAGCCCCUCCGAUUUGGCACGGGCGGGACCGUUGCGUCUUGCCAGCUUGGUCCUGGCCCUGUCUGCCCACUCUGUUUUUGAGGGGCUGGCUCUGGGGCUGCAGGAGGAUGGGGCUAAACUGGGAAGCCUCUUUAUUGGGGUGGCAAUCCACGAAACCCUGGCAGCUGUGGCAUUAGGGAUCAAUGUGGCCAAAGCUAGCUUGCCUAUGCGGGAUGCCAGCAAGCUGGGCAUCACUGUGAGCCUCAUGAUCCCUCUGGGUAUUGGACUGGGAAUGGGCAUUGAGAGUGCCCAAAACCUGGCCGGCAGUAUCAUCUCUGUGGUGCUCCAAGGAUUAGCUGCAGGCACAUUCCUCUUUGUCACUUUCUUUGAAAUCCUGUCUCGUGAGCUUGAGGACAAGCAUGACCGGCUGCUCAAGGUGCUGUUCCUCAUCUUAGGGUAUGGUGUGCUAGCCGGCCUCGUUUUCAUUAAGUGGUGAAGGUCAGGGGGAAAGAUCAGAAAAGGAUAUGAUAUCCCUAAAUUUACUAACAUAAUUGUCAAUACAGAUAACCACAGUGCACCAACAUGGCUGUGAGUACACCAGCAUUACCAAAGGCCAAGUUUGAAACCCUUCUCUCAGUGGAUCUUGUCUCCCUGUCAGUUGCUAGUGAAGAUACUGCAGACCCUUUUGGAUGUGUGGAUCUACUGAAUUAAGGACUCACCCCUUGAUGCUACCUUUUUGCGCUCAUCAGUUAUAUGGUGAAGAGCCAUAGAAAUUAUUCUGUUAGCUUAACACCGCAUGAUAUUUUAAUACAGAAUAAGGUUGAUGAGUAAGGGUAUUCCAUGUUUGUUGAGGAAGGGGGGGCAUGAAGGCAUUACUGAAGACUGAAUUGCUCAUAACCUUUUCUUGUAAAAAUAAUUUGUAUAUAUUUAAAUCAAGUGUCAAGGUCAUCAGUAGAGGUCCGUUGUAGAUGGUUUCUGUAUUAUUUAAUUACUUGUGGUGGUAGCUUGAAAAGAAAAUUGUAAACUGCUGUAUUCAUUUGGAAAAUGCAGAGAAGUAUAUCAAGGAGAAUAAUGAAAAUUAUAUACACAUCUGUACUGUAAAUAUUUGUAUGUGUUAUGUAUUACAAAGGUAACCUUACUGUUCUGUACCUGACUUGCUGCUGUGAGAUGAGAUGGAGCAAGUAUCUCUUUUGACUCUCUGUUGAUAUGAAAAUAUUCUCCCCUCCUUCAUUAGCAUUCACGCAAAAAUGUUUUAAGCACCUGUGUUACUGUCAUUGAGAUUCCUUGAAUUGGAGACAUUUUGCCUUGCUGAAUGUAAAACUCUGUAUUUAUUUUUUAUUUUUAGAAAGAGCAGAGUCAUGUAAAAUUAAUUGUAUGCACAUCUAUGAUCUGACUGUUUGAGUAAUGACUCUGAGCCCAGGGUAGGCCUGAAAUGCUACAUUUUUUUGUACAAAUAUUCCCCAGAAAUACAGGUUUCACGCCACAUUCCAAAGUCAGUCAGCUACU